CACACACUCACACACACUCCUCCAGCCCAGAAAUAGUCUCACAUACUGACUUGACUGCUGCAUCCUGAAUGAGAAAUGGCUGCCACAGGAGUUCUGCCCUUUAUCAGGGGGGUAGACUUAAGUGGAAAUGAUUUUAAGGGAGGCUACUUUCCUGAACAUGUUAAAUCCAUGACUAGCCUUCGAUGGCUGAAACUCAACAGAACCGGGCUUUGUUAUCUUCCAGAGGAGCUCUCCUCGCUCCAGAAACUGGAGCAUUUGUCAGUGAGCCACAACAGUCUUACGACGCUACAUGGAGAGCUCUCCAGCCUUCCCAACCUAAGGGCAGUUGUGGCCAGGGCCAACAAUCUCAAAAACUCAGGAGUUCCUGAUGACAUUUUUAAUCUGGAGGAUCUCUCAGUACUGGACCUGAGCUACAACCAGCUGACUGAAAUUCCUAGGGAUCUGGAGAAUUCUAGAAAUAUGUUGGUCCUUAACCUCAGUCAUAACAGCAUUGACAACAUACCAAACCAGCUGUUCAUUAACCUAACUGAUUUGCUCUACCUGGAUCUGAGUGACAAUAAGCUGGACAGCCUUCCCCCUCAGAUGAGGCGUCUGGUUCAUCUUCAGACUCUCAUUCUUAACAAUAAUCCCCUCAUGCACGCCCAGUUAAGGCAACUUCCUGCGAUGGUAGCCCUUCAGACCCUCCAUUUACGAAACACACAGCGCACUCAGAGUAACAUGCCAACAAGUCUUGAAGGCCUGAGUCAUUUAGCAGACGUGGAUCUGUCCUGCAACGAUCUGACCCGGGUGCCGGAAUGCCUGUACUCUUUGGCCAGUUUAAAACGCCUCAAUCUGAGUAGCAACCAGAUCUCAGAGAUGUCACUGUGUAUAGAUCAGUGGACACUAAUGGAGACCCUGAACCUGUCUAGGAACCAGCUCACAUCAUUACCUUCUGCAAUUUGCAAGUUGUCCAAACUGAAGAAGCUGUAUGUGAACUCAAACAAGCUUGAUUUUGAUGGAGUGCCCUCUGGUGUUGGGAAGCUGUCCAGUCUGGUGGAGUUCAUGGCAGCCAAUAAUAACCUGGAGCUUAUACCAGAGGGGCUCUGCAGGUGCGCAAAACUAAAGAAAUUGGUUUUAAACAAGAACAGGCUUGUGACGUUACCAGAAGCAAUCCAUUUCCUCACUGAUUUAGAGGUUUUGGAUGUCCGUGAAAAUCCAAACCUGGUAAUGCCGCCCAAACCAGUGGACAGGGGCGCUGAGUGGUACAACAUAGACUUCUCGCUGCAGAACCAGUUGCGAUUGGCUGGAGCAUCGCCGGCUACCGUGGCCGCUGCAGGUGGAGGAAACAGUCCGAGAGAUACGAUGGCCAGAAAGAUGAGGUUAAGGCGACGGAAAGAUUCCACACAGGACGACCAGGCGAAACAGGUUCUGAAAGGCAUGUCUGAUGUGGCUCAGGAGAAGAACAAAUCUAUUCAGGAGAACGGUGAUAUGAAAUACUCUGACCUGAAAUCCAAACGCUGGGAUAAGAACCUCGAGAAGCCUCCACUUGACUAUUCCGAGUUUUUCCUGGAGGAUGCGGGUCAUGUUCCCGGAGUCACUGUGUGGCAGAUCGAGAACUUCUUGCCUGUUCAGGUGGACGAGGCUUUCCAUGGAAAGUUCUAUGAGGCUGACUGUUACAUUGUCCUCAAGACUUAUCUAGAUGAUAAUGGAGCUUUGACCUGGCAGAUCUAUUACUGGAUCGGUCAGGAGGCCACCCUGGAUAAGAAAGCAGGCUCUGCUAUCCAUGCUGUUAAUCUUCGUAAUUUUCUGGGUGCUGAGUGCAGGACGAUCCGAGAGGAAAUGGGAGAUGAAAGUGAAGAAUUUACCGCGGUAUUUGACAACGAGAUUUCCUACAUAGAAGGAGGAACUGCUAGUGGAUUCUACACGGUGGAAGAUACACAAUACUCGACAAGACUUUAUCGUGUAUACGGGAAGAAAAACAUCCGAUUGGAGGCUGUGCCUCUAAAGGGAGCCUCCCUCGAUCCUCGCUAUGUGUUCUUGCUGGAUGCUGGCCUUGAAUUGUACGUGUGGAGAGGAGCUAAUGCCACCCUGAGCAGCACCACAAAAGCCAGGUUAUUUGCUGAGAAGAUAAAUAAGAAUGAAAGGAAAGGCAAAGCAGAAAUUACUUCAUUGAUGCAGAAUCAGGAGCCGCCAGAGUUUUGGGAAGUUCUCGGUGGACAGCCGGAAGAAAUCAAGAAACACGUUCCAGAUAACUUUUCUCCAGUACGACCGAAACUCUACAAGGUUGGUCUGGGUUUGGGAUAUCUCGAACUUCCUCAAAUUAACUACAAGCUUUCAGUCGAGCAUAAGAACAGAUUCAAACUCGAUGUUCUUCCUGAGCUCAGGCUGCUCCAAAGCCUUCUAGACACUAAAGGUGUAUAUGUACUGGAUUGCUGGUCUGAGGUGUUCAUUUGGAUUGGACGCAAGUCCCCUCGUCUUGUAAGAGCAGCUGCGCUGAAAUUAGGCCAAGAGCUGUGCAGCAUGCUCCAUCGACCAAAACAUGCCGUGGUCAUCCGCAACCUGGAGGGUACAGAGUGCCAGGUCUUCAAAUCCAAGUUUAAGAACUGGGAUGAUGUGUUGAAGGUAGACUACACCAGGAAUGCAGAGAGCGUUAAACAGAACGAUAACCUGUCUGGAAAGGUAAAGAAGGACGCCGAGCAAAAGAACCAGAUGAAGGCUGACCUGACUGCACUCUUCCUGCCCAGACAGCCACCCAUGCCACUUUCUGAGGCUGAACAGAUGAUGGAGGAAUGGAACGAGGACCUGGAUGGUAUGGAGGGAUUCGUUUUGGAAGGUAAAAAGUUUGCUCGGCUGCCAGAGGAAGAGUUCGGCCACUUCCACACCCAGGACUGUUACGUGUUUCUCUGCAGGUACUGGGUACCAGUUGAAUAUGAGGAGGAUAAAGAUAAAGAAAAAGGUGAGGAAGGAGAAGGAGAGGACGACAAGCAACCCGAAGAGGAUUUCCAGUGUGUGGUUUACUUCUGGCAAGGUCGUGAGGCUUCCAACAUGGGCUGGCUUACAUUUACAUUCAGCUUGCAGAAGAAGUUUGAGAGUCUUUUCCCCGGCAAGCUGGAGGUCGUGAGGAUGACCCAGCAGCAGGAGAACCUCAAGUUCUUGUCACACUUCAAAAGGAAGUUCAUUAUCCACAAGGGGAAGAGAAAGCUGAAGGUGGACAACGUGCAGCCCAGUCUGUACCACAUCAGGACGAACGGCAGUGCGCUCUGCACCAGGACUAUCCAGAUUUCCACCGACUCCAGUAACCUCAACUCUGAGUUCUGCUUCAUACUAAAGGUGCCAUUUGAGAGUACAGACAACCAGGGUAUUGUGUAUACGUGGGUUGGCAGAGCAGCCGACCCGGAUGAGGCCAAGCUGGCAGAGGAUAUCAUGAACUCCAUGUUUGAUGACACCUACAGCAAGCAGGUAAUAAACGAGGGGGAGGAGCCUGAAAACUUCUUCUGGGUUGGCAUCGGCUCGCAGAAACAAUACGACGAAGACGCAGAAUACAUGAAAUACGCCAGACUCUUUAGGUGCUCUAAUGAGAAGGGCUACUUUUCUAUCUCUGAGAAAUGUUCCGACUUCUGUCAAGACGAUUUGGCUGAUGAUGACAUCAUGCUUCUGGACAACGGAAAAGAAGUGUACAUGUGGGUUGGCACCCAGACAAGCCAGGUGGAGAUCAAACUGAGUCUCAAGGCCUGUCAGGUCUAUAUUCAGCACAUAAGGUCCAAGGAUGCAGAGCACCCGAGGAAGCUGCGCCUGGUGCGCAAAGGCAACGAACCUCAUUGCUUUACUCGCUGUUUCCAUGCCUGGAGCGCCUUCAGGACGGUCUUGGCAUAAAAAUAUUCUAUUAACACCCACACCACACCACACAACAGUUUUAUAUAUAUAAUUGAGCAUUACUCUAAUAACCCUUCAACUAUAAAAAAAAAAAAAACAACACGCACACACCUUUUCUUUUCAUGCACUGCAAUUAUUAUAGUAACACAUCAUUUGAAAAGCGCCAAACAAUAUGACGUGUACCUACAUGAAUGGUUAUUAAAGUUUAUAUUUAUAUGCGAGGUUUAAAAAGAGAGACAAAGAUGUCUAGGUAAGAGUUACCUCCUGAGAUUAGAAGUUGCUGUAUUUUUAUUUAAAAAAUUUUUUUUUUUGAGGAAGAAGAAAAACAUCUGCGCAAUGAAUGAAUACUACAGAGCAGGGUCGCUAGGUUUUACGAUCUAUUUAUGGUGUUGAAUUGAACUAAAAAUUACUUUUUUUUUUUAAAUCAGGUUUGAAUGAAUGCUGAAUCAAGUCGCAACCGGUGUGUUUGCUAACCUUUUGCUAAUUUAGUUUCACCUGUGUCAAAUAAGGUUGCUUGAAUUAUUAUUAUUAUUAUUUUUUAAUAAUGUAGAUACCCAAAGAAAUUUGCACACUUCCACAUCUUCUUAUUUGAAUUCUUUAUAAAUAAAUAUAUCAGUGGUGUGAAUGAUGCGUUUAGUGUUAGGCAGUACUGUAUUUUUACAGCCUACUGUAGAUUAUGUCACUUAAAGCACAAACUGCGCUUUGUCUCACAAAAAAAAAAAAAGAUCAGAAAUAGCUGGUGCCAUAGACCGCCACUACGUGUUUUUUUUUUUUUUUUUGUGUGUGUGCUGUCAUUUUCAUCUGCUGCUUUAUGAUUCACUAUACGGAUAGUGAGUGGCAUUGCUGAAGUUACAGACGUUCAGGUAAUUUGGGAUGUUUGGUGGCUAAUCAGGAUUAGUAUUUUUUUUUUCUUGCUGCUUCACGCCCAUGAUGCCCAUUUCUACAUGCAAACUGGUUAAAAAAGGAAAAUAUGUAAUAAGGGUACAUAAUGGCAGUGAAUAAUAUAAUAUAAUGCCUGAGUAGUAAUGACCCUUUUUAUUUAUGGGGCGCUUGAAUUCUUUGAAUGGUUUGCUCCACUCAGACAGAGAAACUGGGAAUUGGGAAAGACUAAUUCCUUUCUUAAGAUCGUCUCCUUACUUUUUUAACGUGACUGUCGUUGGUUCGUGCACGUCGAAUGUGUCUGUACAAAUAUUUUUUCUGCCGCUGAACCCACCUGCAGAUGCUAUAUUUAUGUAUUUUGUAUGAAAAUAAAAGUUUAAAAACAGUU